GGGACUGACACACAAUAGAGAGGCCGAGGAGAGCACUUCAGGGACGUAAGGAGACGGGAUUCGGGCUGAGAGAAGCCCCGGAGACAGCGUCCUAUCACCGGAGGAGUCGGGGCAGCAGCAGACCGGGAGCCCAACAGUCACAUUAGACCGCAAGAGUCCUGGUAAGAGAGACUGCUGUGAUAACAUGGAUACACAUAGGCUGCCUCCAUUAAAUGAGCCAGGAAUCCAGUGACAUUCACUUAUACAGGGACCUGAGCCAGGACCGAGGUCCUGAGAGACAUCCUGGAUAUACAUCCCUAGGAGCUAUACACACUGCUUACUACAAACUGAACCCAGACUGGUGAUGCCAAAAGCCUCAUGCUGAGCUUCUUUGGCAAAGUGUCCCCCAGGGGCCCCGACCAGGAUGUUGGAGCCAGCAGGGUUCGCCGAGGCGUGGCGCGCACAGUUUCCAGAUGCAGAGCCACCCCGCAUGGAGUUACGCACUGUGCGGGACAUGGAGCAGGAGCUGGAGAGGUGCCGAGCGUCAGUACGUAGAUUGGAGCGGGAGCUGAACAGGGAGCGCUUCCGAAUGAUCUACCUGCAGACCCUUUUGGCCAAAGAGAGACGAGGUUAUGAUAGACAACGCUGGGGAUUUGAAGAGAGGGAUCCACCAGGUGGUGGUGAGGAGAGACCUUUGGGUCCAGGUCGAGAAGAGCGAGUACUGGGUCCUGGAAGGGAGCAGAAGAGCCCAGAGGAAAGAAUUAGAGGACCUGGUCGCAGGGAGCCACCUGUCGGAGCCCCUGAUCUGUCUCCCGGGGAUGUACCUAGGGGCCCCCGUCGGCUAUUAAGCUUGACGGAAAGGGAUGCGCUAGAACCACGGUCGGACCGGCUUCGCAGGGCAGCAUCCCAUCCUGAAGGGAAUCCAAGGCCACCACCGCCUGUAGAACCUCGCCGUGGACGCUCUUCAGACAGCAGUUGUGGUUGGGAUGGCGAAUACGAAGAAGCCGAGUUAAAUCCACGCUUCCUUAAGGAUAAUGCAUUACCUGGUCCUGGAAGUCACUGGGGAGGACCAUGGCCUCGGCGCUCUGUUUCACCACAGAGCUUUGAAGACUUAGGGGGUGGAUACACACCCGACUGCAGCUCCAAUGAGAACUUGACUUCCAGUGAGGAGGAGUUGUCUUCUGGACCCUCUGGUAGGGUAUCCCCACGGGGUCCCUGGGGUCGGUCUCCGCCUUCACCUGGCAGUGCCAGCCCUCCUACACCCCAGGCACCUGCUCGCCACUGUCAGCUGAGGGUAUCUGAAGCAGCAAUUGUUGGUGUGAGACGUAGUGGACAGAUCUGGCCGAGUUGCAUAGAGCCGCCUGGAAGAGACGGAGGAUACCACGGAGAUGGCGAUGGAUCUUUUUGCAGGACGCCCCCUGGUGGUACAGAAGAGCACAGGACACAACAUGAACUUAUGCCAUAUAUUGAUGAUUCCCCAAGCUCCUCUCCUCAGCUCAGCGCUAAGAGCCUCAGCAGCAGAGACACCCUUUCUUCUGCAUCUUUGGAUUCCAGCAAAUCGAAUGAGUUGGAUCUGGAGAAGGGCCUGGAGAUGAGGAAAUGGGUCCUGUCUGCAAUACUGGCUAGCGAAGAAACCUACCUGAGUCAUCUGGAAGCCUUGCUGUUGCCAAUGAAACCUCUUAAAGCAGCAGCAACCACUUCACAGCCAGUUUUGACCAUCCAGCAGAUAGAAACUAUUUUCUUCAAGGUUCCAGAAUUGUAUGAGAUCCACAAGGAAUUUUAUGAUGCUUUAUUCCCACGAAUCCAAAAAUGGAGCCAUCAGCAACGAGUUGGAGACCUUUUCCAAAAACUGGCCAGCCAGCUGGGUGUGUAUCGCGCCUUUGUUGACAACUAUGAAGUUGCUAUGGAAACAGCAGAGAAAUGUUGUCAGGCUAACGCUCAGUUUGCUGAAAUUUCAGAGAAUCUAAGAGCCAGAAGCACACGUGAGUCCAAGGAGCAACCAGCGAAGACCUCCCUGGAGGCUCUGCUCUAUAAGCCAGUGGAUCGUGUGACACGGAGUACACUUGUUUUACAUGACUUACUGAAGCAUACACCCAUUGGUCAUCCAGACUACCCCCUACUUCAAGAUGCCCUUCGAAUUUCCCAGAACUUUCUGUCUAGCAUCAAUGAGGAGAUUACACCACGAAGGCAGUCAAUGACUGUUCGAAAAGGAGAGCAUCGGCAGCUUUUGAAGGACAGUUUCAUGGUCGAACUGGUGGAAGGCGCUCGAAAGCUGCGGCAUGUCUUCCUUUUCACUGAUCUUCUUCUGUGUGCAAAGUUAAAGAAACAGAUAGGAGGUAAAAGUCAGCAGUAUGACUGCAAGUGGUACAUCCCCCUUGCGGAUCUGGCAUUUCAACCUCUGGAUGAAUCGGAAGCUGCGCUCAACAUUCCCCUUAUACAAGAUGAUGAGUUGGAAGCAAUGAAAGUUAAAAUUUCACAGCUGAAAAGUGAUAUCCAAAGGGAAAGGAAAGCAAACAAGGGAGGAAAGGGUCUGGAUCGUCUGCGCAAGAAGCUUUCAGAACAAGAGUCCAUGUUGCUGCUGUUGUCGCCAAGUAUGGCCUUCCGAGUGCACAAUCGCAAUGGCAAGGGUUACACAUUCCUAACGUGGUCAGAUUAUGAGCGGGCUGAGUGGGGAGAACACAUACGAGAACAGCAGAAGAAAUGUGUGAAAAGUUUCUCUCUUACGUCACUGGAAGUUCAAAUGUUAACAAACUCCUGCGUGAAACUGCAGACCGUACAUAGGGUUCCUCUAACCAUCGGGAAAGAAGAUGAUGAGUCUUCUGGUCUCUAUGGGUUCCUGAAUGUUAUUGUCCACUCUGCAUCUGGAAUCCAGCAGAGCUCAAAUCUGUUCUGCACUUUAGAAGUGGAUUCCUUUGGUUAUUUUGUUAACAAAGCAAAGACACGAGUUUACCGGAACACUACUGAACCCAGCUGGAACGAGGAAUUUGAAAUUGAACUAGAAGGCUCCCAGACCUUGCGCAUCCUGUGCUACGAAAAGUUCUACAAUAAGAACAGGCCGUUGAGGGAGGAUGUUGGUGAAAGCAGUGAACGUAUGGUGGCCAAGGGACAGGUGCAGUUGGAGCAGCAGCUUGUCAUGGGGAAGGAUUGGCAGCGAUCAGUGGUCUCUAUGAAUGGGAUAGAGGUCAAACUGUCGAUGAAGUUCACAAGCCGGGAAUUUAGUCUGAAGCGUCUCCCUUCUCGAAAGCAAACAGGGGUCUUUGGAGUAAAAAUUGGGGUUGUAACAAAGCGAGAGCGUUCCAAGGUGCCAUACCUAGUACGCCAGUGUGUGGAGGAAAUUGAGAGACGUGGCAUGGAAGAAGUUGGCAUCUACCGAGUGUCUGGAGUGGCCACAGAUAUUCAAGCACUGAAAAAUGCUUUUGAUUCCAAUAACAAGGAUGUGGCUAUCAUGAUGAGCGAUAUGGAUGUUAAUGCCAUUGCCGGAACCCUCAAACUAUAUUUUCGGGAGCUACCAGCACCUCUUUUUACUGAUGAAUUGUAUCCCAACUUUGCAGAAGGGAUUGCCCUGUCAGACCCUGUUGCCAAAGAGAGCUGUAUGUUGAAUUUGCUGCUGUCUCUGCCAGAGCCCAACCUGCUCACUUUCCUCUAUCUACUUGACCACCUCAAAAGGGUGGCUGAGAAGGAGGGUCAGAAUAAGAUGUCCCUUCAUAACAUUGCCACAGUCUUUGGUCCAACGUUACUCCGCCCUUCAGAAAAGGAUAGCAAGAUCCCUACCAACCCCACCCAGCCGAUCAGUAUGGCAGACAGCUGGAGUCUGGAAGUGAUGUCGCAGGUGCAGGUUCUGUUGUAUUUUCUGCAACUAGACACCAUUCCCACCCCAGACAGCAAACGUCAGAGCAUACUCUUCUCAACGGAAGUGUAACCCAGUACCCGCCCGCGCGCUGUUCUUAUUACUGAAGCUGAAGGAGAUGUGUGCUGUCUCUGGGCUUUUUCCUACAAGCCAAAGAGAAUGAGGGACAGUGAUUUUUUUCCUAAAUCAAUAUGAGGCUUGCACUAGAAAUGUACUGGCACAGAAAAGUGCUAAAUGUUUAAUUUAUUUAUUUAUUAGCUAAUAGGUAACUUGUAGCUCAGCAGUGGACCAAUGGCUUCCAUCCCUACACCACAGCAUGGUGUGGAAGCCAUCCAUAUCUCUUCAAGAGCCAAAAGAUCCUAAGGUUUUCCUGUAGAUCUCUCCACAAUAAAAGGAACCCCAGUGCUUUUUUUUAUUAUUCCCCAUUCCAGUCAUUACUAUGUAUGUUUAUUGCACCCCCAAAACGCCAUGUUCUCUCAUGUCUGAUUAGACUGUAGGUGAUCUAGUUAGAAGUUGCAGCUCCUACUUGUCAAUGCAGUGUUAACAUGAUAUAUAAAUGCAAUAGCUAAUGUUUAUUCUAUAUAGGACUCUUUCCAAUAAGCUUCAGAACUUGGCCCGGCCACUAGGUGUCAGGAUAAGCCACCAAGACAGACCUGCUGUUGUAUUAACCUUUCCAAUGCUGGAUGUAUCGAAGGUCCACAUUUUUAGCGUUGGGCGUAGGACUUCCUUGCGCCUAUUUCAGGUGUAUUUGUAGUAAUUUUUGAAACAUUUUUUUUAUAGUCUGUGAUAUUUGCAGCAUGUUUUAGCUGGUUCUUUCUUCUGACUAGCCUUCAAUGUGAAAAGAAAUUCUAUCCAAAAAUCAGGAUCCCGUUUUUUGCAGGAAACUUCAGAUUGAACAAUUCUUAAUAGAUUUAUUAAAUGUCAUUUAUCUUAAUCGGCGAUUCUUUCCCAGCCCAUUGCUACAGAAAAGUGUAAUACAGCACUGUGCAGCUAUGCUACCUUUUACAUUUAUAGGAUGAUUGUUAGAAAAUGAUCUCUUGGCCUUGGUAGAUUUGUUUAGUUUGUGCAACAGAAUAUCCUGCGUCACCGGCUAAAUUGUCUACACUGGGAUCUGAAGCCAUAAAGUGAGUUACUGACUUUAUCUCCAGUAUUUGCUCCACUCAGCGGCUGAUGGAAUAAUGUAUUGGACAAUUUUACAGAGUGAAAGCGGAGCUGGUCUCUGUGUUCAGGUGCUUCAUUCACUGCCAGAUAUGUGGAGACCUUUUCUCCACGUAUUUCACUACCCUGUUGUACAGUUUUAGGUGUGAUCUGUGCACAGCGAGUACAAGGGCAUGUCAUGCGUGUGAUGUGCUAUGAAGUGGGCCGCCUUGCCUUUUGGGGUGAGGGGGUUGCAGGGCGGUAACUGAGCACAUAUGGUGCUUUUGUGUGCGAUGUCUUGCAAUAUGGAACCAGAAUCCUCCUAAAUGUUUAAGUGGAGGAAAGUGGAGGAUUUGGGGUUGAGAGACGAUUAAAAGAUAAGACGUCUUAAAGCAUCUCCCACCAUGUUAUCUUAGAUAGUGGGAUUCUAGAUCCUAGAGCUCUGUCACCAUUGAGCAGAAAUUCAUAUAAUGUAAAUUGUAUUUGAAUGUGUUUUAGACGCAGCAAUAUAAAAUGAGAAUGAUGAGAAAAAAGUCUGGGAAACAAUGUCACAUGGCUGGUCAUACCAUCUAAGCAGAAUGGGCCAUAAGCAACGUGAAACCAAUUGAUCAGAACAGCAGCACUCUUUAGAAAAUAUUUCUAGGAAGAGUUGAUAAACCUCGAAAUUUUUAAGGGGUUGUUCAAAACUGUCACCAGUGAGCGCCAUGGCCUCUUCCUGACCUAGGACGUUAACGUCACGUGGCCUAGGCGCAGCUCAGUCCCAUUCAAGUGAAUGGACCUGAACUGCAAUACCAAACGCAGCUGCUGUCCAAUGGAUGGCACUAUGCUUGUUGAGCUGUGAGAAGC